CAAGAAAAGAAUAGGAACAGUACAUACACUUACAUACCCAAAAAAAAAAAAAAGAAAAAAAAGAAAGAUGUGGAGUGGAAAAGAAAGAUCAGUAGCGGUGGCUAUGGUGAUGAUGAGCUUCACAGCGAUGCUCACUUUGGCAUUUGAAGAUGAUAUGUCUGAUGAAGCCUAUUGGUAUAAGCGAGAUGGGGUAUCUAUGGUUCCAAAGGGUUGUCCAGAUAAGUGCGGCAAUGUUAGCAUCUACUAUCCCUUCGGAAUUGGUCCUAACAAAAGUUGAUAUUUGAAUAAAUGGUUCCUCAUAGAUUGCACCAAAUCUUCCUCCUCCUCCCAUGGUGUCCACAAGCCCUACUUGAGGGCCUUUACCAAUGGCAAAUAUGGUGGCAGAAUAAGAGAGAUUCUGGGCAUUUCCUUCGAAAGUCAAACAAUAACAAUCCAAGAAACAAUCUCUCCUCUCAUCCGCGGGUCUGGGGGAAACAAUAAUAACAAUUCAUUGUCCAUAAUUAGGGGCAACACAAAUUUAGCUGCAACCCCAUUCUUCUACUCUGGACUCUACAACAAGUUCAUGCUUUUGGGUUGUGGCAACGUUCUCCUCACUUCCACUUCGCCUGAUCAAAGUAAACUAGGCGGCUGCACUUCGUGGUGUGAUGCCAAAACCACGCAACUUGAACAACCUUGCAACGGCAAAAACUGUUGCGAAGCUUAUUUAACCGGCGAUGUAAAAAAAUACCAAGUCAGCUUUACAAACUUGUUUGUAAAUAAUGCCCGCAACUAUGCCUUCAUUGUUGAUCAAAAUUGGUUCGCUAAAAGCUCACCAGGCAGCGGGCAGGAAGAGGUUAUUGUUGUUCCCGUCUUGUGGCGAUGGAACAUCCAACACCACUACUUGCAAUUGCCUCCAUCCUCCUCAUACACCUGCGACAAUUAUUCAAGUUCUUCAAGUACUACCUUUUGGAAAUGUUACUGCAUAUCUCCCAAAAAAGGGAACCCUUACUUAGCAAAUGGAUGUCAAGACGAUGGUAAGCUCACUGUCAAGCAACUAUCAACUAUUAUUGGUGUUAGUGCAAGUUUUGGAUUUUUGCUAUUAUUGUCGGCUUGCUUUAUCCUCUAUAAGGGCAUCAAGAAGAGAAAGAUGAAGAAGAUGAGGCAGAAGUUCUUCAAGCGUAAUGGAGGUCUCCUAUUACAGCAACAACUCUUAGCCAAAGAAGGGACAGUAGAGAAGACAAAGAUUUUUACAGCAAGUGAGUUGGAUAAGGCCACAGAUAACUUCAACGCCAAUAGAAUACUGGGUCGAGGCGGGCAAGGCACAGUAUACAAAGGAAUGUUAAUUGAUGGGCAAAUCGUUGCGGUUAAGAAAUCACAGGUUGUGGACGAGAACCAGGUGGAGUCAUUCAUCAAUGAGGUUGUCAUUCUUUCCCAAAUCAAUCAUAGGAAUGUUGUGAAACUACUAGGAUGUUGUCUGGAAACAGAAGUUCCCAUUUUGGUUUAUGAGUUUAUACCAAAUGGAACGCUUUUCAGCCUUAUCCAUGAGAAUUUUGGCGAUGAGCUCAUUCCUCUUUCGUGGGAUAUUCGCCUUAGGAUUGCAUCUGAGACCGCUAAUGCAUUGGCUUAUCUCCAUUCAGCGACAUCAAUUCCUAUUUAUCAUAGAGACAUUAAGUCGAGUAACAUCCUUCUAGAUGAGAAAUUUCGAGCUAAGGUUUCAGAUUUUGGAACGUCAAGGUCGAUUUCAAUUGACCAAACUCACUUGACUACCAUAGUGAAGGGUACAUUUGGUUAUUUGGAUCCUGAGUAUUUCCGGUCAAGUCAAUUCACAGAUAAGAGUGAUGUUUAUAGCUUCGGAGUUGUCCUUGCUGAGCUCCUUACUGGACAAAAGCCAAUUUCAUUUGAGGUUAAUGAUGAUGAGGAUCGGAGCUUGGUAAUACGAUUUCUAUUGUCCAUGGAAGAAAACCGUAUCACGGAGAUUCUUGACAUGGAAGUUUCAAAGCAAGGUCAAAAGGAAGAUGUUAUGGCGAUUGCUUUGCUUGCACAUCGUUGUUUGAACUUCAACGGGAAGAAUAGACCUACCAUGAAAGAAGUAGCCACAGAGUUGGACGCUAUUAUAGCAUCUCAUGCUUGUCUCUCGGCCCGUCGGCAAAACACUGAAAAUUGAAUCUAACGUGCUAUCAUAUUUAUUUUUCCUUAGUCUAGCUAAUGUAUUAAACACUUUUUAUUCAGUUCAAUAAGAAUAUGUUUUUACUUCCAAA